AUGAGUCUCCCCAAGGUGUCUGGCCGUCUCCAAGAUAUCUCGCCGCUGGUGCUUGGCGGUGCAACCUUCAACACCCAGUACAACGACGACCCGUACUCCAUGCACAUCCGCGACCUGCUGUACACGGCUUUCGAAAAUGGUAUCAACGCUAUCGAUACGUCUCCCUACUACGGUCCUUCUGAGGAACUGAUUGGAGACGCCUUGAAGAAACUGCUAGACUCAGGCAAAGUGUCUCGUGACAACUAUUAUAUCUGCACCAAGGUGGGCCGUAUCCAGCUGGACGAGUUUGAUUACUCACAAGAUUGGGUCAAAACGUCCAUUUAUCGGUCCUUGAAGCGGCUCAACACCGAUUAUUUGGACGUGGUGUAUUUGCACGACGUGGAGUUUGUAGACGAUGCCGGGAUUUUUGAGGCGCUUCAAACGCUGAUGGAACUCAAAAAGCAGGGACUUAUCAGAUACGUUGGUAUUUCUGGCUACCCUGUCCCCUUCCUCCAUCGUAUUGCAUCCGAGUGUGUGUCGAAGCCAAAUAUCGGUAAACUGGACCUGGUGCUCAGUUAUUCCAACAUGUGUCUGCAAAACACCCUGUUGGCACAGUGGUACGGCAAGUUUAUGGAAACAGGCAUCCAACUGUUGAAUAAUGCCUCUAUCUUGUCUAUGUCGUUGCUAAGAUCUCAGGAAACCAGACCGUUCCACCCUGGCUCACCGAAAUUGAAGCAGGUCUGCUCUGAUUUGGCGACUGCUCUCAAAGAACACCACAACACUGAGCUUGCUGAGCUGGCUACCCGGUUCGCCAUUCGCGAAUGGCUGCCUAAACAGGGCAAGACAGUGAUUGGUGUGUCUAACAUAGACGAGCUACACUCUGCUCUGGAGCAGUACAAGGCCGUCAUGGAAAAGACCAACGACGAAUCCGACCACAAGCUGGUUAAAUUGAGUCAAUCAUUUUUGGGCCACCAUUUGAACGAGACAUGGAACAGCGGCCGUUAUAAAGCAACGUUAUAA